AUGAAUAAAGAAAUUUUUUCGGAAAAAUCUACGAAUACAUCCAUUCAAACGCCGCGUCCGUCUUCACCACGUAAAUUUUUCGCUCGAAUUUACGGUCACCUUGAUCAGCCUAAAAAUAAGGAAAAAGAGAAAACGCAAGUGUCGGAGAGUGAUUCGUGUUCUGAUGUGGAAAUUGGAGAUAGCGAAGGUAGAGAGAGUUUACCAGUGUCUCCGUUAUGGCAGCCACCAACACCGCUACCACUGUGUCCUCGUCCUAUCCUGUUACCUCAUCAGCAAUUAGCAUUUGGUGCUGGUCUUGCUGCAUUUUUGGCACGUAGAAGACGCAAAGAAAGCCGACCGCGAAGGCAACGCACAACUUUUUCUGCCCACCAAACCUUACGUCUUGAACUUGAAUACGCAAGAGGUGAAUACGUUGCUCGCGCACGAAGGUGUGAACUUGCCUCUGCUUUAUCACUGAGCGAAACUCAAGUAAAAAUAUGGUUUCAAAACAGAAGAGCCAAAGACAAGAGAAUUGAAAAAGCACAUUUGGAUCAACAGUACAGACAAUUAGCCGCUGCAUCUGGAUUCUUUCAGCCCUUAUUUAACGCGCCAUACGGUACUCAUCCGUGCCCCUGCCUCCCAGUACAACCGCCGCCUAAUCUAGACAAAUAACCUAAAUUAAUUUAUUUAGUAAAUAAUUAAUUAAAGGAAAUUUAUAAUAUUCAAAUUGCAAACGUGCUUCGAAUUUACGUGUAAAAAUAAAUUUCGUACAAUUA